GUUUGCGAAUGGAGGUCUUGGCAGCUUCCCAUACACACCAUAGCUCCUGAUACAUGGUCACUAUCUGGCCACUCGAACAACCCCGACAUUGAUGACUGCCUUCCUCGGAAGCCGCCUAGUCCCAUUCGUCUUGUCCCAUUACCUUUAUCCGCUUUCAAGUUGGCUCCUCUAAAAAUAUCUAGCUCAAUACGACCAUCAUUCGAUUCUUUUAUGGCGAGCCAAACUGCUACCAACCAGCUGCCACAGCAGGAUAAGCCAUCUGUGCAAGAUUUCGGAUUUGCAGAUCAUUUAGGUCACCAGCUACUCCACGGAAUUUCGACCGUCUCGACUGUGUCAAAUGAUCACAUAUCCUCAUCAAUGAAUUGUCCAUCCACUUCAUCCCUUCUCAACUCAUCACCCAAGGAAGAGUCAUUUUAUUUGCUGAGCAGCAGCUCAUCGUCCCUGCUUUCGCGCUCAUCUCAGUCCUCACCCUAUUCUCAUUGCAUAGGAAGCUCUAUUACUUGUCCAGAAGAUUACGCUUGCGCGACUUCGAAACCGUCCAGCUCGGUCAACUUAGUUACCAUUAAGUCCUCUUGCGGAUGCACUAGUGACCCGGCUGAUUUAUCUCCUGUACCAGACUUCAAUGGCGUCUCGCCCUUGAGGCGGUCUGACCAUUUGGCCCCCGAUCAAGCCCCCUAUCUGGAAAAUUUUGGGAUAUCCGCUUCCUCUUCUGCAUCGGGCCAGACUUCUACUGAUGAAUCUCCUAGCUUGAUGCCAUUGCCAACCAAAGUAUCUCAGCGGCGUCCAAGAAUGCCAGGUGCUGAAUCUUCUGAUGUGAUUCAGACCUGGCCUCGUCUUAGACUAGCCACGAGUUCAUUGGAGGCGAUUCUAGAUUUAUUUCGACUGUGGGAGAGUCAGCAUGGUACACUCUUUACAUCACACGCCCUCGCUUUUAUAACUGCUGCUAGAGAGGGUCUUAGCGAAGACGAGCUGGAAGACCUGUUUUCAAUCGACGAUGAGAUACUGCGUGAUGUAUUCCAGUUUCACUUGCCCCCUCAAAUCCGAUCCCCACCCUACGUAUGGAUUAGACUUCGUCACUCAGUUGGCAGCUAUUUAAAAGAGCGGGAGGCGGACGGUGCGCGCGUGCUAUUUUGGGAAGUGAAUUUCACUCUGAGUCGGAGAUAG